GCUUCGCCCGCAGAGGAGCCUCAGUGCGCCUCUCCGGGACGCCCCCAGCCCCGCCCGAAGCAGCGAGCGCCCCGCCCGCGGGGACCGCGCCAGGGAGCUGCGCAAGGAGCCGAGGCCCCGAGCGCCUGAGGAGAGAGGAGACGGCGGCCCCGCUGCGCCCCAGGUCCCGGCCGGCGACCUCCCGAGGGGACGCAGGAGGAGGAGGGAGGCCCGGCGCAAACAUGCCGCUGCCCUGGGGCCUCGCGCUCCCGCUGCUGCUCCCCUGGGUGGCAGGUGGAUUAGGGAACGCGGCCAGUCCAAGGGAUCAUGGGCUGUCAGCAUUGGCACGCCAGCUUGGGGUCUGUUACUAUGGAACUAAACUGGCCUGCUGCUACGGCUGGAGAAGGAACAGCAAUGGAGUCUGCGAAGCUACGUGUGAGCCUGGAUGCAAGUUUGGCGAAUGUGUGGGACCAAACAAAUGCAGAUGCUUUCCAGGAUACACGGGGAAAACAUGCAGUCAAGACGUGAACGAGUGUGGACUGAAGCCCCGGCCGUGCCAGCACCGAUGCGUGAACACCCAUGGCAGCUUCAAGUGCUUGUGCCUCAGUGGCCACAUGCUGAUGCCAGAUGCCACCUGCGAGAACUCUAGGACAUGUGCCACAACAAACUGCCAGUACGGCUGUGAAGACACAGAGGAAGGGCCACGGUGUCUGUGUCCAGCCCGGGGACUCCACUUGGCCCCAAAUGGAAGAGCCUGUGAAGAUAUUGAUGAAUGCGUUUCUGGUAAAGCCGUGUGUCCCUACAAUCGAAGAUGUGUGAACACAUUUGGAAGCUACUACUGCAAAUGUCACAUUGGUUUCGAACUGCAAUAUAUCAAUGGCCGAUAUGACUGUGUAGAUACAGAUGAAUGUGCUAUGGAAACCCAUGUGUGCAGCUUCCACGCCAAUUGCCUCAACACCCAUGGAUCCUUCAAGUGUAAAUGCAAGCAUGGAUAUAAAGGCAAUGGACUGCACUGUUCUGCUAUCCCUGAAAAUUCUGUGAAGGAAGUCUUCGGACCACCUGGUACCAUCAAAGACAGACUCAAGAAGUUGCUUGUUCACAAAAAUGGCAUGAAAAAGAAGGUAAAAGUUAAAAAUGUCCCCCCAGAACACGCUGGGACUCCCACCCCUAAGGUUAACUUGCAGCCCAUCAGCUAUGAAGAGAGUGUUUCCAAAGACGGGAGCUCUCCUGGAGGAAGAAAAAGGAAUGGGGAGAGAAGGAAAGUGGAGUUUGAGGAGGAGAAGAGUAGAGAGAAAGCCCUGAAGAACAACGCAGAGCAGGAGCGAAGGCUUCGAGGAGAUGUGUUUUCCCCUAAGGUGAAUGAAGCGGGUGAAUUUGGUCUGGGUCUAUUCCAAGGAAAAGCGUUGAUUUCUAAACAGAAACGCAAAGAUUUAAAUGUCUCAGUUGACUGUAGCUUUGAUCAUGGGAACUGUGACUGGAAACAGGAUAGAGAAGAUGAUUUUGACUGGAAUCCUGCUGAUCGAGAUAAUGCUGUUGGCUAUUAUAUGGCAGUUCCGGCCUUGGAAGGUCGCAAGAGAGACAUUGGCCGAUUGAAACUUCUCCUCCCCGACCUGGAGCCCGAAAGCAACCUCUGUUUGCUCUUUGAUUACCGGCUGACCGGAGACAAAGUAGGGAAACUUCGAGUGUUUCUGAAAAACAGUAAUGAUGCCCUGGCAUGGGAGAAGACCAGAAGUGAUGAUGAAGGGUGGAAGAAGGGGAAAAUUCAGUUGUAUCAAGGAACUGAUUCUACCAAAAUUAUCAUUUUUGAAGCGGAACGUGGCAAGGGUAAAACCGGCGAAAUCGCAGUGGACGGCGUCUUGCUUGUUUCAGGCUCUUGUCCAGAUGGCCUUAUACCUAUGAUCAAUUGAAUGUUAUCAUCUUUAUAUUUGGCUCUUUAUGUCAGUUCCCUGUUUUUUGAUGUUGCAUCAUAGGACUCUCUAUUUUAGAAAUAUUAAUACAAGCUGAAAAAUUAUAAUGUACCAACAGAAAUAUUAUUGUAAGAUGCCUUUCUUUUAUAACAUGUGCCAAUAUUUGCUUUAAAUAUAGUACCACUGUGUCUUCUCAUUCAUAUCUUAUUUUUUCCAUAUUAUAUUAUAAAAUGUAGAAAUGCCACUUCAUCUUCCCUCCCCAGUAUAUCUGCUUUGUCUACAUGAAUUGAUGAACUGCUCUAUAUAACAUUUCUGGAAUAACAACAAAAAAAUAUGCACAGAGAAAUGUUUAACUGUUUGACUUUUAUGACACUGCUUGGAAACUAAUGACAUCAAAGAUAGACUUUUGCUUAAGUGGCUUAGCUUGAUCUGUCAUCACCAAGCUUGUAUAUUUAAAGUCUUUGCAAUAAUAAUAUCGAAAUAAU